AUGUGGCCCAGUAGGUUUCAUUUUGUAAAUGCUUCAGUUAUUGCAGUAACAGUACUGAUCAUAUGCGCUGGCCUUACAGCCGGCCUGAACAAUGGCUUGGCAUCCACUCCGCCCAUGGGUUACAACACCUGGAACGCCUUCCACGACGAGAUUAACGAGACUCUGAUUUACCACGCGGCAGAUGAGUUGGUGGAGACAGGUCUCGCAGCAGCUGGAUACGAUUAUCUCGUCAUCGACGCAGAUGGCUGGGCAAAUUUCCAGCGCAAUGGCAGUGGGCCAAUUGAAGCCAAUUCCACCCGCUUUCCCAACGGCAUAAAGGCUGUGGCAGACUAUGUGCACGCUAAAGGGCUGAAGCUGGGGAUAUACAGCGAUUCCGGAACGCUGACAUGCGCCAAAUACACAGCCAGUCUUGGCUAUGAGGCGAUCGAUGCCGCACAGUUUGCAGCAUGGGAAGUUGACCUGUUGAAGUAUGACAACUGCUUUUCAAGAACGGUGCGGUCGAGGUAUGAGGCCAUGAGCGACGCACUGAAUGCGACCGGGCGGCCGAUCCUGUUUUCCAUGUGCGAGUGGGGUGUGUCCAGCCCCUGGGAGUAUGGGAACCAGGUGGGCAACACAUGGCGCACGACGCAGGACAUCAGUCUGGCCAUUUCUGCCACGUGGGACAGUGUGAUGAACAACCUGGAGGGCACCAAGGGGCUCGCGCGAUUUGGAGGGCCGGGGGGAUGGAACGAUGCAGACAUGCUGGAGGUGGGAUGGCCGGGGGGCGCGCUGCUAUCUGAUGUGGAGCAGCGAGCUCAUUUUGCCCUGUGGGCAAUUCUGAAGUCGCCCCUCAUCUUUGGCAACGAUCUCAGGAACAUGACUCGGCAGACGCUGAACAUUCUCAAGUCGCCAGAGGUGGUAGCCAUCAACCAGGACCCCCUGGGAAUCCCGGGGGACCUCGUCUGGAAACAGGGUCCCCAAGAGGUGUAUGCGGCGCCUCUGGUGGACGGCUCGCGCGCGGUGGUGCUGUUCAACCGGCAUCAGCACUUGGACCCGAAUUUCCCUUCGCAAAACAUGACGGUUUUCUGGCGCAGCAUCGGCAUCCCGCCAAACGUGACGGUGUGGGCCUUUCUAUUCUCAUCUUCCCGCCCUUGA